GGGCGGAGCCACAGGGGAGGAAGCGGCUGUAGACCCAGGCGCCGAGGGAGAAGAGCCACCGUUUAGUGCCCCCUACCCUUCGCCCUUCGCGGCCUGGCCACCGGUCGGGGUCUGCGGGGCCUGCGGUGACCCUCGGCGCCAAGCAGCGACACCAUGGCUAUCGCGGCGGCUCCAUCUUCCUUGGUCCUCGGGGUCUCGAGCCAGGCCGCGGCCCCCACCUCCUACGGGGUAUUCUGCAAGGGGCUCUCCCGCACCCUGCUCGCCUUCUUCGAGCUAGCCUGGCAGCUGCGCACGAAUUUUCCGUAUUUCUACGUCGCGGGCUCGGUGAUCCUCAACAUUCGCUUGCAGGUACAUUUCUAGAGCCCCGGCUACGCUAACGGUCUGCGGGCCAGCGCAAUGGCGCACUCCCAGGAGGCCGGACUGCGGAGCAGAGUGGAGCUGCGGUUAGGGCCUCCUCCGUCUCGCGAGAGUCCCCCUCUGCGGUGGCCCUCACAGCUCUCAGCCAAGCUCCGCAGACGGUUGCCGAAGUCCUGCUGUGACAAGGCAGAGGACCUACGGGAUUUUCCAGGAACAGUGAAGAAUUUAAUUAAAGCCCACGACAGUAUUUAAGAAGCUCUGCAUCCUUAAAAUUAGGACGAACGGGAUGUUUUAUAAAGAAGGGGGACUACUACGUUUUUCAGGAAAAAGAUUACAAGUUCGGGGUUGAGAUUAAAAUGAGAUCAUAAAUUUCGUGAAGAUUGGAUUGUAAGCAAGAUAUUGAAUGACUAAGAAGCAAAAGAUUUUAAGGCUAUAAUGGGGAAGCUAUAUAUUAAUCCCACAGGAGAAAAACUGACCAUCAAAUUUUCAGUGGAAAAAGAAAACUACUGGAAAAGCAUCCUUCUAAUACCAAACACUGUAAAAUGCUGCAGGGUUUUGAACAGAGGGUUGGAGUGUAAGAAAAUGGACUCUGUCUCAGUGUUCCUGUGAGUAGCAUGGUUCAAGACCGUGGUGCCAAAGAGAAGAAACUCCAGUUACAGCACAAAUCUUGGCUAUUUAAUGAAUAACAUUUAAAUAAUCAUAAUAAUUUAUAUAAA